UAUUUACAUGACGCAAUCUACCAAAACAUGCGCUUAAGUUACCUUUUGAAAGUGGAAAUGUGCGAAUUAGGCUAGUAUGACGCUUGUACCCGUGGGACAGGGUUUGACGCACCCUUGGGAGCUGCCUGCAGGGAAAGCUCAGGGCAAAAAAAUACACUGGUGACAUCAGCUGCUUUUGCUUCACGUUUCACUUUCUUGUGAGACGCAGUAUUUUUACCACAAAAGCUGUAGGCUCUAGCAUGGACGCGUCUGACGGGGCAGAUGAGGGAACCCUCCCCUCCAAAAUGACUCCACUUGGGGAACAUGACAGCUGGACCGAAGCUCAGAGCCCAGAGCGACAGCAGGAGAGACCAGACUCUCCUGUUCCCAGCUGCGUGUCCGUGAAGAGCAACCAGUCAAAGGAGCCACUUCUUGGUUUUCAAAAACAGCUUUCUUCUGAGACAGAGAUCCAGCAGGAGAGACCAGACUCUCCUGUUCCCAGCUGUGUGUCCAUGAAGAGCAACCAGUCAAAGGAGCCACCUCUUGGUUUUCAAAAACAGCUUUCUUCUGAGACAGAACUACAACAGGAAGUGUCAGAUGCUCACAUCGGUCAGUCUGCCCUGGAGGGUCAAACAGACUUCAUAUUUACGCUGCUUGAGGAGACCAUCAUCAGUUUUGUGAAGAAGGAGCUGAAGGCGAUGCAGAGGGCCGUGAGCUCUGAGUGUUCGGAUGACAAGGUGACGGACAGCAAGGAGGAAGAGGAUAUGAGGAACAGCAGAGAGGCGUUUCUGAGAAUUGUGACACACUUCCUGAGGAGGCUAAAGCAAGAGGAGCUGGCUGAUUCUCUUCAGAGCAAAUCUCCAACGGCGUGCCAACUCAAACUCAAAUCUAGCUUGAAGCAGAAGUUCCAGUGUGUGUUCGAGGGGAUCGCCGAAGCAGGAAACCCAACCCUCCUUAAUGAGAUCUACACAGAGCUCUACAUCACAGAAGGAGGGACCGCAGAGGUCAGUGGCGAACAUGAGGUCAGACAGAUCGAAACCGCAUCCAGGAAACCAGCCGGACCAGAAGCGACAAUCAAAUGUGAAGACAUCUUUAAAGCCUCACCUGGAAGAGAUGGACCAAUCAGAACAGUGAUGACAAAGGGAGUGGCUGGCAUCGGGAAAACGGUGUUGACACAAAAGUUCACUCUGGACUGGGCUGAAGACAAAGCCAACCAGGACAUACACUUCACAUUUCCAUUCACUUUCAGAGAGCUGAAUCUGCUGACAGGGAGAAAAUACAGCUUAGUGAAACUUGUUCAUCACUUCUUUACUGAAACCAAAGAAGCAGGAAUCUGCAGGUUUGAAGAGUUCCACGUCGUAUUCAUCUUUGACGGUCUGGAUGAGUGUCGACUUCCUCUGGACUUCCACAACAAUGAGAUCCUGACUGAUGUUACAGAGUCCACCUCAGUGGAUGUGCUGCUGACAAACCUCAUCAGGGGGAAACUGCUUCCCUCUGCUCGCCUCUGGAUAACCACACGACCUGCAGCAGCCAAUCAGAUCCCUCCUGACUGUGUUGACAUGGUGACAGAGGUCAGAGGGUUCACUGACCCACAGAAGGAGGAGUACUUCAGGAAGAGAUUCAGAGAUGAGGAGCAGGCCAGCAGAAUCAUCUCCCACAUCGAGACGUCCCGAAGCCUCCACAUCAUGUGCCACAUCCCAGUCUUCUGCUGGAUCACUGCUACAGUUCUGGAGGAUGUGAUGAAGAGCAGAGAGGAAGGAGAGCUGCCCAAGACCCUGACUGAGAUGUACAUCCACUUCCUGCUGGUUCAAGCCAAACUGUGGACCGUUAAGUAUCACAGAGGAGCUGAGACGGAUCCACACUGGAAUCCAGGGAGCAGGGAGAUGGUUCUGUCUCUGGGGAAGUUGGCUUUUGAGCAGCUGCAGAAAGGCAACCUGAUCUUCUACGAGUCAGACCUGACAGAGUGCGGCAUCAAUAUCACGGCGGCGUCGGUGUACUCAGGAGUGUUCACGCAGAUCUUCAAAGAGGAGAGAGGGCUGUGUGAGGAGAAGGUGUUCUGCUUCGUCCAUCUGAGUGUUCAGGAGUUUCUGGCUGCUCUUUACGUCUUUCUGACUUUAAUGAACUCUGGCGUCAGUCUGCUGUCUCCGUCAAAAGCCUGGUGGUCUAAUCUAUUAAGGGACAAAUCCAAACUAUCAUACCUCUUCCAGAGUGCCGUGGACAUGGCUUUACGGAGUCCAAAUGGGCACCUGGAUUUGUUCCUCCGCUUCCUCCUGGGCCUUUCACUGCAGACCAAUCAGACUCUCCUGCGAGGCCUGAUGACACACACAGGAAACAGCUCGCACAGCAGUCAGGACACAGUCCAGUACAUCAAGAGCGUGAUCAGAAGAGACCUGUCUCCGGAGAGGAGCAUCAACCUGUUGCACUGUCUGAACGAGCUGAAUGAUUCUUCUCUAGAGGAGGAGAUCCAACAGUACCUGAGUUCAGGACGUCUCUCCACGGUCAGACUCUCUCCUGCUCAGUGGUCGGCUCUGGCCUUCAUCUUGCUGUCAUCGGAGGAAGACCUGGAGGUGUUCGACCUGAGGAAAUACUUUGCAUCUGAGGAGGGUCUUCUGAGGCUGCUGCCAGUCGUCAAAGCUUCCAAAAAGUCUCUGCUGGGUGGCUGUAACCUGUCAGAGAAAAGCUGUGAAGGACUGGCAUCUGUUCUCAGCUCCCAGUCUUCUCGUCUGAGAGAGCUGGAUCUGAGCAACAACAACCUGCAGGACUCAGGAGUGAAGCUGCUCCUUCCUGGACUGGAGAAUCCACGCUGUGGACUGGAAACCCUGAGGUUGAGUCACAACAAUCUCACAGAGGAAUGCUGCCAGGAGUUAGCAUCAGUUCUUGGCUCCAAAUCAUCUGGUCUGAGAAACCUGGACUUUAGUUACAACAACCUGCAGGACUCUGGAGUGAAGGUCCUCUCUGCCGGACUGGAAAGUCCGCACUGUGCCCUGGACACACUCAGGCUGGUUGGCUGUAAUUUAUCAGACAAAAGUCGUGGCGCUCUGGCUUCAGUACUCAGCUCCCAGUCCUCAACUCUGAGAGAGCUGGAUCUGAGUAACAACGACCUGCAGGAUUCAGGGGCGAUGCUGUUCUCUGUGGGGCAGGAGAGUCAGUGUUGUAGACUGGAAACUCUCAGGUUGAAUCAAACGAGGCUCACAGACAAAUGCUGUCAGGAGUUUUCAUCAGUUCUGAGCUCCAAGUCGUCCAAUCUGAGAGAGCUGGACCUGAGUAACAACGACCUGCAGGAUUCAGGAGUGAAGCUUCUGUGUGCUGGGCUAGAGAGUCCACAAUGUGCACUCCAAACUCUCAGGUUAAAUCAAACGAACCUCACAGAGAAAUGCUGCCAGGACCUCUCAUCAGUCCUCAGCUCCGAGUCCUCCAGCCUGAGAGAGCUGGACCUCAGCAACAAUGAUCUGCGGGAUCCAGGAGUGAAGCUGAUGUCGGCUGGUCUGGGAAGUCCACACUGUGCCUUGGAAACUCUCAGGCUGAGUGGAUGUAAGUUAUCAGAAGGAAGUUGUGAAGCUCUGGCCCCAGCGUUUAGCUCCCGGUCGUCCAGUCUGAGAGAGCUGGAAUUGAGCAACAACGACCUGCAGGACUCAGGAGUGAAGCUGAUGUCUACUGCGCUGAGGAGUCCACACUGUACGCUGGAAACUCUCAGACUGAGUCAAACUAGGCUCACAGAGAAAUGCUGUCACGAGUUCUCGUCAGUGCUGAGCACCAAGUCGUCCACUCUGAGAGAGUUGAACCUGAGCAAUAACGACCUGCAGGAUUCAGGAGUGAAGCUGCUCUCUGCUGGACUCAAGAGUCCACACUGUACACUCGAAGCUUUAAGGCUGUCAGGCUGUUUGAUCACAGAGGAGGGCUGCACCAGUCUGGCCUCAGCUCUGAGGUCCAACCCCUCCCAUCUCAGAAAGCUUGACCUGAGCUACAAUCAUCCAGGAGACUCAGGAGUGAAGCUGCUGUCCGCUGGAGUGAAGGAUCCAGGAUGGAGACUGGAUACUCUCAGUGUGGAUCACGGAUGUGCUCAGUGGUUGAAAUCUGGUCUGGUGAAGUACGCCUGUGAGCUCACGCUGGACCCGAACACAGCACACAAAAAUGUCCACCUGUCCGAGGACAAGCGAAAAGUGAUGCUGUCCAUAGAGAAGCAGCCGUAUCCCGACCACCCGGACAGAUUCGACUGGUGCUACCAGCUGCUGUGUACGACCAGUCUGACUGGUCGCUGUUACUGGGAGGUGGACUUUGAAGGAGGGGUGGACGUUGGAGUGACUUACAGAGGACUCAGGAGGAGAGGAGCCCGUGACGGCAGUCGGCUCGGAUGGAACGAGAAGUCGUGGAGUCUGGAGCUGACUGAUAACUGUUACUACGCCUGGCACAGUAAUAUCAGAACCGCUCUUCUCACGCCUCCCUCCUCGGCCUCGAAAAGAGUCGGAGUGUAUCUGGACUGGCCUGCCGGGACUCUGUCUUUUUACAGCGUUCUACCUGACGCUCUGCUCCACCUGUACACCUUCAGCUGUGCAUUCAUUGAACCUCUGUACCCUGGGUUUGGUUUCCUGUCGUUGGAGUCGUCAGUGUCCCUGUGUUGAGACGGGAAAGUGCUGCCAUCUGUUGUCGGAUCAAAACUCUCUCAGGGCAGGCAGUUUAAUUUUGGCGCCAUUGGGCAAAGAUCCAAUUAUAGCCCUUUGAGCAUAUUGUAAUUUAAGUGGUCUGAGAGAAAACUGACCUAACACUGGCAUUACCCCUUACUUUUUUGGCUGUUUA